GGAAAACUAUUAAAAAAAAAAUAGAAAUAGCAGAGUCCCCAAGUCGAGAUAAAGUCUCUUUUACGUUACUGGUUUCAGUGUCGCAUUUUCUCUCCGUUUCGACUGCGGAAAAGCCCAAUAACUUUAACUCUCGCUCCGAUCCCGUCCGUUCGGUGAGUUCAGAUGGCAGGAGGUCGAUGGAUUAGGCCUGAGGUGUAUCCUCUGUUCGCCGCCGUUGGAGUUGCCGUUGGAAUCUGUGGGUUGCAGCUGGUACGCAACAUCUGCAUCAACCCUGAAGUCAGGGUUAACAAGCAGGGAAGGGCUGCUGGAGUUUUGGAGAACUUUGCAGAGGGAGAAAAGUAUGCUGAACAUGGUCUAAGGAAGUUUGUCCGGAAGAGGGCCCCUGAAAUUAUGCCAUCCGUCAAUAGCUUCUUCACAGAUCCAAAGUGAAGUAACGGGCGCUCUAUUUCAAGUUCUACAAAAAAUGUUGAAACUUGAAUCCAAUGUCUUCAUGUUAUUGUGGCUGUUUGAGUGUUUGUGAUAUAAAGUUUGUGUAACGUUUGGAUCUUCUGCAUGUGUAUGAACUAAAAUAAAGGUGGGAUUGGUUACAAUGACCUUAAAACUCGUUUUACCUGGAAAGAAUUGAGACUUCAUCAUCGUUAUCAUCCCUGACGCUAUUAUAUUGAUUUUGAUUUUAUGUGAAGAUUUCAUUAUUAUA